AUGACCAGCCAAGACCAUGGAUCCUUCUUGAACAAUCAAGAAGACAUACUUGCCGGUCUCGAAAUCAAUCCGGCUGCUACAUAUCACGCUGAGGACAAUAUCAACUGCUUCGACGACUAUACCCAACAUAAUGUAUCCCAAGCACAACUUUCCUCAGAUUAUACAUUGAGCUUGCCACAACACGAUCGAAUCAGGGCACGACUGGCACAAACCCAGCGAUUAACCGACAACCUUACUCAAGUAUUCGUCAAUGACGUUAACAAUAUACAAUAUCAACACCAUGGCACCCAAUCGGCACCGUCUGCUAAUCAACCUUCACACUUUCAACAAUUAUAUAAUGAAAACAAUAUUGGCCUGACACUUCAAGCUGCGCAAGAAGGGCCAGCUGUUGGAGAUUCAGUAAUUGGUAACGUCGAGGCACCAUUCUAUGACAAUCUAUUGCAGCACAAUCCGACUUUCGGUGUUUCAUCCAACAAUGAACACGAAAGUUCAAACUCGCAUCUAAACGUGCUCGCAGCUCCCUUUUAUCCACCCUCCCAUACAGAAAAUUGGCCCCCUGACUCGAGUGACUGUUCCUGGCUAAGGGCUUCAUAUCUGCAUUAUAAUGAUAAUAAUAAUGACGGAAGUAUAGAUGAGAUUAUGACUUCCCCCUCCUACAACAAUCCUCCUGCACUGUCGGGGUUGACCUCUACAUCACUCUACACUCAGCCUUACGAAGAUGAGCUAGAAACUAUGCCCAGCUCUCAACAGGCUUUCAAUGCUCCUUACACUCAAUAUAUUGACAACGGCGUGGUAUUUACAGGCGGAAUGCUCUAUAGCCCGCAGCCAACUACCGCGCCGUCUCAAGUGUCUACAUCCAUCAGUGGCGCUGGGUCUCAACAUGAAUAUUCCUCGUCCGGCCCCACGGCUGCAUCAUCUCUUCAGCAGACGCGCAGCAUUCCUUCGAGGACGGCAGGAUGGGGUCCCAGACGAGCACCAUCACUAUCUCGCUCAAUUUCUGCCCAAACCAGUUUCAGUCACGAAUCGAAUGGCUCAGGACCAUCCAGGAGGGUACAUGUUUGUCUCUCGUCUCUUUUUUAUUGUCGAAACAAUCCCAACAACGAACUAACCGCCCCUGGGCAGUGCAACAGAAAUGAAGCUCUUAAGACAUGCGACGCGUGCAGGAAGAAGGGGUUGCCAUGCGUUAAACAUUUCUUCUCCCGCGAUCUGAAAACACGGCCAGAGUAUCAGUUUGGACUGUUUCUGAUCAAUUCGGCAUUGGUACCAGCCAUGAUCAAACCCUGGUUAACCCAGAACAUAGACUUCACAAGAAAUCUCAACUAUCUGGAUUACUACAGCAGAUUUUAUAAUAUUCGCUUGCAAUCACCGGAAGCAUGGUGCGAUCUCGAUCUAGUUGCCUGUCGACAACAUUGGCAGCAAGCAAAACUGGAUUACAACGAUCCAGAAGAUCAUUGUACGGUGGAAGACUUUGUUACCAAUAAACACAAAUGGCAAGAUACUAUGAAUUGUCGCGCCCUUCUGUUGGCGUCAUCCUCAGAAAACAGCUGGGAUGACCCGUUGAAAGCGUUUUCGAGGCUGGAUAAAAUUUCAGGCCGAGUGUCAUGCAGUUUGAUUGGCAAGUCUGGAGGUGCAUCCGGGGCACGACCACUCAAUCUUCAAGACGAAAAUGACAAGAGCUUAUAUUUCAUCGCGAUGCUCUCCCUCGAACGAAUUCGGCAUUACAUGGAACUGGAAGCAUAUCACUGCUUGGAGCAGGAACUAGUUCCAGGCAGAGUGGAUGAAAACGUCAGAGUCGUCGCAUAUCUAGGCGUGAUGUUACGUUCACUCCGCCGACGUAUUGCAAUCUGUAAAGCCACUCAAAUAUGGAUUUAUUUUCAAAACGGUCCGCUCGCAAAGUAUCUAGGUUCAGGCUCAGAAGCAAGCAUUGAGCCCCCGGUCAUCAGGCAAAUGAAGGAUUUUUGCUUCCAGUUAUAUACCCACUUUCUCUGUCGCUUCACCAAGAUGAAUGCAGUCUCCAGGGGUAAGAUAGGGGACGGGCAACAUCCCAUACAUCCCUUUACAGGAACGCACAUCAUGGAAUACCUGCCCACAGACCCAAGUAUACAUGGUUUCGCCAACUGGAUGGCCGAAGGCGAAGUGGCAUGCGGGUCACCUGGGUGGUUGUAA